GCUCUUUACUCUUCGUGGAAGAUGUGUAGCAGGGAGAGCCCGGGUCCAGUGGAAUUUCCUGGUUUGCCUCAGUGAGGAGCCUCUGUGCUGAUUCCCACAGUGUUCUACAUCCCACCGUCAGUGGAGAAAUGUUCCCUUUUCCCUGCAGCCUCGCCAGCAUUUGCUAUUAUUUGAUUUCUUGGUGAUGAGCCCUCUUUCUGGAGUAAGACGUGCAAAGUGGAGGGUCAGUGUGGCUGUCGUCUCCAUUUCCCUGAGAGCCAGCAGUGUUGAAGAGGCUUUAGGGAUUAGCAAGGGCUCUGUUAAGGAGGAAGUGCCGUGUGCUGCUGAGAUGAAUGUGUAUUCUGGGGAAGUCGGGAGAACACACUGUAAAUUUCCAUUGAGCCCAUUUGUCCAAAGCCGUGCUUGGGCUCUGAGAGAUCAUCCUGAAUGCUUGCUUUAGGAGAUCUAUUUGUGAGAGUGGGUUAUUGCGGUCACCCACUGCAUUGUGUUGGUUUUUAUUUGGGCCUCUGUGACAGUAGUGUUUGUUUUUAUGGUCUGGGUGCACUGAUACUCGGUGCGUGUGUAUUUUCUGAGUUGAGGUUGUAAAUUGCAUGUGGCAAGUCGCUUUGUUACAAUAUGGAGACCUCUCUAGGAGCUGACUACUUUGCAGAGAUGUCUUCCGGGCAGCGCUGGCCUUGGGCCUUUGAGUCUGGCCCAGGACCCUGUCUCUUCCGUUUAUUAGGGGUGGAAGGUUGCGUCCUGUGUGGUUAGCACCUAGUUGUCUGGUACUGGGCUGUGCUAUUGUUUCAUGACCCCCAGACAAUCUAGGUAUUGUCAUACAGGGAAGAUCAAUGGAUGACGACAAGUAUGUCGUCCUGGCUGAAUUGUACAAUCGGUGAGAACACUAGCAGCAAACAGACUAGAGAAUGACAAUGUGACAACUAAUAAUUUGCCCCUUUUACCCUAGGUACAGGAUUUAUGGUUAUAUAACAAAAUCUAAGACAAAUCAGAAAAUCAUACACAGUAAAUAUGGUUUCAAUAGAGUGAAUUGGCCCAGAGGGGACAAGAUUGAAAAUGGAGAGUAAAAAAUAGAGAAAUGAAAGAAGAUAAACAGAUUAGGAGCAAGGCUAAAGGACAGAGGAGCAUUACCCAGGAAACCGGUGACAGGUCCAAGAAGGAAGAAAAGAAGGAAAAAGUAAAAAGAAGAAUAAAACAAAACAAAAAACUAACAAUGUUCAUAUUUGACAAAACCCCUUCAAAAACAGAAAAAAUAUAGAGAACAGACAAAAAAACCAUAAUGAGUAAAAAUAAAGAAAAGAAAAUAUAAAAGGAAAAAGAAAAGAAAUUUCUCCGUGAUUGUAAGCCUGUGGUUAUCUUCUGGGGGCACAGUUUUGUAGCAGUGUCUAAUUCAAGGGCGACUCUGCCCUCGCUGGUACACACAGCAGGCAGUCAAAGGCCAGGCCUGUGCUGAGUCAUCACCAGCAGCCCAGAAGUAAGACUAGGGUGGGUGCUGAUUCUGGCCUUUCACACCCAUGGAAAUUCAGCAGAGUCUACCUCUGGUCAUGGGGGUGGGGCCUCAGUCGUUCAGCCUAUAUCAUUCUGGUUUUUCUUGCUGGGCUGACCACCCUUCCCUGACCAUGGACGUCUCCUGUGGGUGUCCCUCACCCAGUCACUGUGGGAAUUUAACACUGGGAUCCCUGAGAUGAAGCCGACCCACAGCUGCUCUGAGUCCCAGGUUCAGUUGGGCCCUACCCAGAAUGUCACCUAUCUGCCCAGCCUCCAUCUGCAGGGAACAUCUGUGCCACUUACCUGGGGAGUUGAGGUCAUCUACAUUCAAAGUUGCUUCUGAAGCAGUUCGACUCAUUCCUGCCACUGCACUCUGUUUGUGUCGUUGACUCCUCUUUUUACCCUUUCUUUGUAACUACUGGCCUUGCCUGACCUCUUCAUUGCAGACAACUUUUUGCCCAUCAUGGCUUCCUUUUGUCUGUCUGGGAUGUUCUUGUGUGUGCUUUGGAGUGUAGCUUGAUGUUCAUGAAUUGUUGGGUGCUCUUUGUCAUGCAAUGUGUGUAUUUUACCACCGAGUUUAACAGAUAGUUUUGGAGACUAUGUUAGGCUAGGUUGAAAGUUGUUUUCUUUUUUUUUUGGUUCCGGGGAUCUCACUCGGGACCUUGCACUUGUGAGGCAGGCGGCAGAACCACUGAGGUAAGUCCCCGGCCCAAAAGUUGUUUUCUUAUGAGGCAGAGACUUCAUCCUCCUGGCGAAGAUAGUGGCCACGCCCUUCCUGCUGUGUGACUGCACUGAGCCCUUGGCACCUCUGCAAUGGGCUCCCUCCCUCUGUUCUGCUGCCUGUCUUCUGGUUGCCCUUCGUGAGCCACAGGCCAAGUGUCAGCUUGGUAGUUGUUUGAAGAUUGCUGUUGCAGCUGGAGGGAAAUCUGUCAUGAACCUCUGGGAGUUUGGGAAUCUCACAGAAGUAACUCAGAAAAUGUGAUCUACACAAGCAGAAUGCAGAUGGAGACAAUGCAGUUUUGGGGCAGGUUUCUGCAUGAACCAGGACAUGCGGAGGGUGCAAUUAGCCACGAAGCUGGGGCCAAACAAAAUAGGAAGAGCACACACUUGGAAAGUAGGAAGCCAAACCAGGAAGACAACAGUGUGCUCCAUUAUGCUGUGACUCCUGGAACCCAGUUAUAAAUGCUGCCCAGGGAGGAGGCUGCAGAUAUCACCGACUCCUCCCAGCCACAGCCACCUCAGCCACCAUGUGCCACACCAGCUGCUCCUCGUGCUGCCAGCCGGCCUGCUGCGUGUCCAGCCCCUGCCAGGCUGCCUGCUGCGUGCCUGUGAGCUGCAGGCCUGUCCUGUGUGUGACCCCCUCCUGCCAGUCCCCGGGGUGCUGCCAGCCCUCCUGCCAGUCCUCCCUGUGUGUCCCUGUGAACUGCGGGCCCUCAGUGUGCCUGUCCCCCUCAUCCCAGUCCUCGGGGUGCUGCCAGCCCUCCUGCCCCACCCUCCUCUGCAACCCUGUCUCCUGCGGCACCUCCACCUCCUGCUGAACUCAGGGGCCCAUGCCAACUCCUCAGUGCAGAGAUGACACUUCUUUGACCUCCCUGUGCCAGGCUUCUGGGCUCCAGGUAGAGCCUUGAGGUGACAGGAAGACUGCUGAGCUGAGCCACUGGACUCUGGUCUGAAAUCCAGCAGAGCAGUCCAGAGCCUCCUCUCCCUGUGCAUCUCCAGUGAAUAUUCUGUUCCCAGCCUCCCCCUGUAUCAUGUGGGAGCCCAAUAAAUGCAUUUCC